CUUUGUGGGAAAGUUGGCAUCCUUCUGUGGCUAAUACACUGGAACUGUGGAGUAGACGAUUAAAAGAAUGGGGGCCUUCACCCUUGUUUCAAACCUGUUUCCUUCUACUGCUCUCUGAACUUUGUUGAAACCUGGGACCAUAGCUGAUUCAUCUUGUCCAGCAUGGCCAGCACUGAGAAAAAUGGUAGCAGCCGAUCCAGCACCAGCAGCAGCCGGCUACAGAGCAAAAAACCACCCAAUCUCUCCAUCACGAUUCCACCAGUGGAAGUAGAAGAUGAAAGCCAAACUGUGCCUUUGCAGAAAAACCCAGUCUAUCAAAAGAGUGUGAGCCUCCAAGAGCCCAGAAUGAAAAGGCAGGACAGCAGCUUCGAAAGACAUCCUGGCUUCCACAGGCAGACAUCACUGACCCACAGUAUCCGCAAAGGGACGGCCCAGUGGUUCGGAGUCAGCAACGAAUGUGACGGAAAGCGACAGCACUGGCAGCGCAAAAGCUUGCAGCAUUGCAGCCUGCGGUAUGGAAAACUCAAACCUGCCUACCGAGAAAUGGAGCUGGCCAGCCAAGAAGUGCCUUCCUUCCAAGGAACGGAGUCUCCAAAGCCAGGCAAGAUGCCAAAGAUUGUUGAUCCUUUGGCCCGAGGCCGUCCCUUCCGGCACCCGGAUGAGGUGAUUUGGAUGUAACCGCAUAUUCCUGCCGGGCCCUGGCAUUGUCUUCGCUGACUAUCGCGCCUAAACAGCGUUCGGUCCUGCGGCGGCGCAAGAUCUGCCCAUUAGAGAAAAAGGGAAUCUGUUGCCCAUAUGAGUUUCAAAGCAGCUGCAGCAUUAAUCAGAGGCCGCUCAGUUCUGGAGCCUUCUGGGCCAAAGCGAAGAUGCAACAAACGGAGCUUUAUAUAUCCCAGCUUUCUGGAUGAGGACAUGGUGGAUGGCAUGGAUACGUUUGACUCCUCUUUCUUCAGUAAGAUUGACACACAUGAGGAAAUGUGUUCCAUGCCAGAUGACGUGUUUGAAUCUGUGCCCCUAUCUGCGACAUAUUUCCGAAGUCUUCCUCAGACAGAAGAAAGCAGGUCACCUGAGGCCGAGCAGCCACUUCAGCGCGCAGGAGCUGCCAAAGUCCUACCAUCGCCAGUAGCCGCUUCACAGAGAGGCACACGGAUUGCUUCUAAAGUGAAGCAUUUUGCCUUUGAUCGCAAGAAGCGUUACUACGGCCUGGGAGUGGUGGGCAAGUGGCUGAACAGGACCUAUCGCAGGAGCAUCAGCAGUGUGGUGCGGACUCAGUUGGAGAUCACAGACAGCCAUAGGCCCUACUUUACCUAUUGGAUCACCUCUGUCCAUAUCAUCAUUACCCUGCUGAUCAUUGGUACUUAUGGGAUUGCUCCAGUUGGCUUUGCCCAGCACCUGACAACAGCACUUGUAUUGAGGAACAAAGGUGUUUAUGAGAGCGUGAAGUACAUCCAGCAGGAGAAUUUCUGGGUUGGCCCAAGUUCGAUUGACUUGAUCCACCUAGGAGCCAAGUUCUCCCCCUGCAUAAGGAAGGACCUACAGAUUGAGAACCUGAUCCAGAAGGAGAGAGACAAAGAGAGCAAGUCAGGCUGCUGCGUCCAGAAUGAUAACUCUGGCUGUGUUCAGACUCGGCAAGAAGACUGCUCGGAAACAUUAGCCACUUUUGUGAAAUGGCCAAAUCAUAACCCACCAGAUGUUGACCCCAGCAAUUCUGAUCUAAAAAGGUCAUCGGGAGCAGUGUGUCAUCAGGAUCCCAGGACCUGUGAGGAACCUGCUUCAAAUCGACCUCACAUAUGGCCUGAUGACAUCACCAAGUGGCCGAUCUGUACUUAUCAGGCCAAAACUAAUCAUACUGGCUUUCUGCAUAUGGACUGUGACAUUAAAGGAAGGCCAUGCUGUAUUGGGACAAAAGGCAGCUGUGAGAUCACUACUCGAGAAUACUGUGAAUUCAUGCAUGGCUACUUCCAUGAAGAAGCAACUCUCUGUUCACAGGUUCACUGCAUGGACGAGGUGUGUGGCCUGCUGCCAUUCCUUAACCCAGAGGUUCCUGAUCAGUUCUACAGACUCUGGUUGUCCUUGUUCCUUCAUGCAGGAAUUAUCCACUGCAUGGUGUCAGCAGUCUUUCAGAUGACGGUUCUCAGGGAUUUGGAGAAGCUGGCAGGCUGGCAUAGAAUCGCUAUUAUUUUCAUUCUUAGUGGCAUCACAGGCAAUUUGGCAAGUGCCAUCUUCCUUCCAUACAGGGCAGAGGUUGGUCCAGCAGGAUCCCAGUUUGGUUUGUUAGCCUGCCUUUUUGUGGAGCUUUUCCAGAGCUGGCAGGUCCUUGAGAAGCCCUGGAAGGCAUUCCUGAACCUGUCUGGAAUUGUCUUGUUCCUCUUCAUCUGUGGCCUCUUGCCAUGGAUCGACAAUAUCGCACACAUAUUUGGCUUCCUCAGCGGCCUCUUGCUCUCAUUUGCAUUUCUACCCUAUAUCACCUUUGGGACCAUGGACAAGUAUCGCAAGAGGAUCAUGAUCAUGGUCUCCCUCCUGGUUUUCAUAGGUCUGUUUGCCUCUCUCGUGAUCUGGCUCUAUGUGUACCCCAUCAAUUGGCAUUGGACGGAGUAUCUCACUUGCUUGCCCUUCACUACGAAGUUCUGUGAAAAGUAUGAUUUGGACCAGAUCUUGCACUGAUGGUAACGAAAAGCAAGUCACAUCUGCUUCUGGCUUCCCCAUGGGCAACCCCCCCCCCCCAUCCAUCCCUGAGUUCUACUCAUGUGACGGAUUCUGAGAUGCCUCCUGCCCCCAAUGAAGUGGAACACCUGCAACUUUUGUAAACUUCAUGGCUAUGAGGAAUUGCAUGUGCCCUUCAUGCUCCUGCAUAGCAGUUUCUGGCCAAUGAGUAGCUGCUACCUGGAGGCUUAGCCGUGAAGCAAAAUCAUUUCUCUCCGAUGUCCUCAGCCCCAAAUCGGAUGCAGCUUUUUGGUACUGGAGGCAUUUGCACUACAGUGCGGCAGCAGGCUGCAAUCUCUGCCAAAUCUUCGAUGCUGUGACACAUCAGUUUGCAGUGAAGGACAGUGAACAUGCUCCACCACUUCUGCCUCUUUUGCUGGUCUGAUUUUGAUGAGCUGGAAAAGGAACGAUAGUGACUUAAAGGAACACCUUAGUGACAAGGCAGCAUCCUGUUGCACUGCCUGUCCCUAUAGUUUUCUACUUGAAGGCUCUCUUUUCUUACCCAAUUUCUGGGCUUUGGUUCCUUUCCUGAUGCCUUUUGGCAGAAGAUGGUGCUCGAACGUCUUGGCAAAUUUCCUUGCCAUGGUGCCUUUUUGUGGUACUGUGAAAUGUACUGUGAAAAUAAACCCCCUUUUUGACGAAGGGGUAUGAGUUUUA